AUGGCGACGGCAUUACGUUCAGAACAGACGAUUAAUACGAAUUUCUUCACCAGGGGACGUCACCUGAGCUACCAGCGCAGCAAGCACCUCACCCACGAGAAGACCAGUCUGAUCAAGAUCGAGGGUGUUGAGGACCCCAAGGCCGCAGACUUCUACUUGGGCAAGAAGGUUGCUUUCGUCUACCGGGCAAAGCGCGAGGUUCGGGGUUCCAACAUUCGGGUGAUCUGGGGCAAGGUCACCCGGACACACGGUAACUCCGGUGUUGUCCGUGCUCAGUUCCGCAACAACCUCCCCCCCAAGACCCUCGGUGCUACCGUUCGCGUUAUGCUCUACCCCUCCAACAUCUAA